CUCUCUAUUUCUAGCUUUAUUAUUUUAGUCUGUGGCCGAUAUUCGAUUCAUUUUCAGUGGACACGAGGUGUUUCUAAUGUUUUGAAUUUUAUUUCGGAAAUUCUGAAUAAUUCCCUCCAGAUAUUUGAGUAUAAUUACCGCAAUUAUAGUUCCUAACUAUAAAAUACUCAAGAAAAAGGAUAUGAAGUGAAAAAUAUUCUAUGGGGUUUAUUUUCUUGAAUAUUGUUGGUGUAGUAGUAUUGAGCUGCAAUGAACGUAGUGGGUGUAGGUAGCGAGCCUACUGGGGAGGUGGCUCUCCUAGUAGAAGAACUCAGUCGAGCAGUUGAGCUUACUUUAAUCCCCACUGUUUCCCAUGAAGAAAGAAGCCAGGCCUAUAAUGCGUGUGAAAGCUUCAAAGAGAAUUCGCCAUGGUGUGCCCAGGCUGGUCUCUUGCUGGCCAGUGGCAAUCAGCAUUCCCCUGGAGUUAAACAUUUUGGUCUCCAGUUAAUGGAACAUACUGUCAAGUAUAGAUGGACACAAAUUACUCAAGCAGAAAAAAUAUUUAUCAAGGAAAAUGCCAUGAAACUCUUAUAUCUCGGUGGUUGGGACACCAGCCACUUGAAUGAUGCACUUGCCCGUGUCAUUGUGGAGAUGAUAAAGCGUGAGUGGCCUCAGCAGUGGCCUACUUUGCUGGCAGAGUUGAGUGAUGCAUGCUCCAGAGGACAUAGGCAUACUCAGAUAGUACUGCAUGUGUUCUUGAGGUUGGCUGAAGAUGUAGCUAUUUUACAGACCCUAGAAAACCACCAGAGACGAAAGGAUAUAAACCAGGGUCUAACUAGCAACAUGUCUGAAAUAUUUGCCUUCUUCAUGCGGCUCAUUGAGAUGCACGUGCAGGAGUUUAGAGAGAAGACCACGGCGGGCGAUUAUGCUGCCGCUGCUAGUCAUGGACAAGUGGUUCAGGUUGUGUUACUAACGCUAACUGGAUAUGUGGAAUGGGUGUCCAUAAAUCACGUAGUCAUGAACAAUGGCCGCUUGUUACAAAUUCUUUGCAUUUUAUUGCAAGAUGAUGUGUUCCAACUGCCUGCUGCUGAAUGUCUACUGCAAAUCGUGAAUAGGAAAGGAUCUACUAAGGAAAAGAAACCACUCGUUAUAUUAUUUAGUAAAGAUGCCAUUACGUGCAUGCACCGCGCUGCGGUCGCUAGCAUCAAUACUGUCGAUGAGGCUCACUAUUUGUUCCUGAAAAAGUUCUCACAGGUCCUAGCAGGUUUAGCUCAACAGCUAACAUCUCUAUGGUCGUACGCCACGGACGCGGAGUCUUGGUUGCCAGUGAUAUUAGAAACCAUGUUGUUGUUGACGUCACAUCCGUCACUAACUCUCGCGCAUACUGCCAACUCUGUGUGGCUAGCGUUCUUGAAACAUGAACAGAUAUCUAAGCUGCCAUAUGUAUUAGCCAUCGUACCUCGCUGGUUGCAGGCGUCUGCACCUAAAGUACUUAAGGUAUCAUAUCCUUCAUCACGUGCGAACAAUGCAAAUGAUGCCGUUACCUACGCUUGUAUGGACUAUGACAGUGAACAGGAAUUCGCCAUUUUCUUUUCACGAUGUCGCACUGAAAUAUUAGAAAGUUUUAAAUUUUGCAUGACAGCAGCACCACUAGUAACUUGGGGUUACGUGGAACAAUGGACGCGUGCAGCGCUCGACAAGGUCGAUACUUGUCCGCAACAGAUGGACACGCAUCAUCCGAUGUAUAUAGAAUGGGAGGCUUUAUCUCAGGUGUUAGACAUGGUACUAUCUCGGCUCCUCCAAGCGGAUCCUCGGCCGAGCGUAGUGGAAGGCUUGCAGCUACUACAGCGCUGCGUAGUAUGUUCCCCGACCGCGCCACUCAUACUGUCGCUGUUGCUGUCCUUUAUUUCGGCGCUAUUUGUAUUCCUCAGCUGCGCUUAUAGUCAACUGGCUGGUCCAGGAGUGGGUGUGGCGGGAGCAGAUUUACUCCCUCGAGUACUGGACAAGAUAUUCGCAGCGCUAGUGUACGAGGGCACCCCGCCCGACAACCGACGCUCGCGCAGCGUCAAGAAUGUUAGGCGACAUGCAGCUGGACUGCUCGUCAAAUUGGGAUCCAAGUACCCACUACUGCUACUGCCUGUAUUCGGCCGCCUACACGAGCUGUGUCGCGCCGCGCUGGCCCGGCCGGACCUCAGUGCAGUGGAGAGUGUAACACUGCAAGAGGCUUUACUACUCGUCUCGAACCACUUCUGUUGUUACGAGAGACAGAGCGCUUUGGUGGCUCAGGUCCUGGGUGACUGCAGUGAGCGCUGGGCUAGUCUAAGCCCCCACUUAGCUAGCGCGGAAGGUUUGACUCGCCUGGUCGGGUUGGACGCGCCGCCUACAGAAGACGAAGAUGACUGUGGACGUGCACGACGCACACUCUUACACGCGCUUACAUUACUAUUGGGCGUGGUGAAGCGUACGUGCGUCCCGAGCGACCCGGACAAGGCGGCGCGCGGCGGGUUCGGUGGCGGCGUGACGGCGGCCGGCAACCCCGUGUGGCGCAACCCGUGCGCCGCGCACGUGCUGCCGCUGUUCCCCGCCGCGCUGGCGCUGGCGCGCGCCACGCACGCGCUGCACGCGCCCGCCGCCGCCGCGCUCCGCCACCCCGCACACGCGCGGGCCCUCGCGCCGCCCGCCUCCGAGCGACGGAACCUGCUGGGACAGCGGGACCAUGAACCCACGCAACAUGCUCGCCCACAGGAACGCAUGCAAAGUUUUCUCCACACGCUACACGAGAACGUGUGUCACCUAGUGGGCGCCGCGGCGGGGACGCUCGGCCGCGAGUUGUACGCAGUGCCCGGCCUCGCCAACUUCCUCAUAGACUCACUGUUCUACGGACUCGAAUACUUGCCCGACCACUGGCUGCGACCCAUCGUACGAAACGCAUUAAAGCCGCUACUCCAUCAUUGCCCACCGGCUCAUUACGCAGAUGUAGCCCUGCCUUUACUAGAACAUUUCGCUCCUUUCAUGCUGUCCCAUCUCUCACUGCGUUGGGAUUAUAUCUCGUCUCUCUAUGAAUCUGGCAAGUUGGAGGAGGAAGGUGGCAGUGAGUCACAGGAGGUACUCGAAGACAUCCUCGUCAGGAAUCUUACUAGAGAACAUCUUGAAGUCCUUAAGAUAUCACUAGUAGACGGCGGACUAAGUAUCGAGAGUACAGUGGACGAGAUGGAGGACGACACUACGACGGGUAGCGGCGGCGCUCAGCAACGUGCGCCCGACCACGUCUCCGAGCUCGGCGCGCUCGUACUGGCGCAGCCCUGUGCCGGACCUGCUGUACUGUACACGGUGAUCCGCGCCCUAACAUGGAACGACUCUCCGUCGUCGCUGCGUGGCACGGCGCUGGCGCUGCCGGCGCUGCGCGGCGCGCUGGCGGCGGGGCGCGUGGGCGCCGGCGAGGCCAACGGGGCGCUCACCGCCGUGCUGCAGGCGCUGCGCCUGCACGGACAACACGACGCCAACCAGGCCGCGCUGCUCGCACUGGCUGUACAGACAUACGAGAUCCUGCGUCCUCUAUUCCCCGGCAUAGUAGCAGUACUACGUGCCAUCCCCGACGUGGACGCGCACGAUCUCCACCGACUCGACGAGAAACUCAACUCGCACAACACAAAGCCCUCGAAAAUUGAUAAGAGCAAACGUGACUUAUUCAAGAAAAUCACUUCUAGGCUAAUCGGUCGCAAUGUGGGCCAACUGUUCAAGAAAGAAGUGUAUAUCCUGGACUUGCCGACAAUGCACAUUGUGAAGGACAAGCCGCGCAGUGCCAUCGACACUCCGGAGGGCGCCGGGCUAGAACGACUGUUUGCACCCAGCGCACCCACUUAGCUAGCUACUUGCUUCUUGUUGACUAUUUUACUAUGUCAUUAUACAAUAUUAUGUAAUAAAUCUAUUUAUACUCGAACAUACAAAAA